AUGGCCGUCGCGCGCGCGGUCUUGGUGUUGCUAGCGUCCACUGCACAAGCGUGGAUGCCCGAUGCUAAUGCACGAAUCCAUGUAAAAUACGGCGAUGACACUACGGAGCAGUUUGUUGGCAACACAACGGGACCAAACCACUUUCGUAUUUUAGACAAAGAUGACUUCUCAAUUUUAGUUGGGGGAAGGAGUACUGUGUACAAUCUCAGUCUCUACGACUUAUCAGAAAAUGUGGAACAGCGUUUAGAGUGGCAAUCUACUGAUGCCCACAGAGAGCUGUGUCAGUUGAAAGGCAAAUCUGCAGAUGACUGCCAGAACUACCUCCGCGUGGCAUCCAGAUCCCACGGACGCCUCAUGGUGUGCGGAACAAACGCGUUCAAACCCAUGUGUAGACGCUACAAUCGACACACGCCAAAUCAUCACCUAGAAGAAUUUGAUGGGACCGGCAGAUGUCCAUACAAUCCACAGCAUAACUCCACUGCAAUAUUCACAGACGGUCAUCUCUACACGGCAACGGCAGCUGAUUUUUCUGGCUCUGAACCUUUAAUAUACAGAGAACCUGUGCGAACAGAACACUCUGAUUUGCGACUACUCAACGAUCCUUCAUUCGUUGGAGCAGUUGCGUCAACAAGUCAUGCCUACUUUUUCUAUCGUGAAACUGCUGUUGAAUAUAUGAACUGUGGAAAGGCUGUAUAUUCAAGAGUCGCUCGAGUUUGUUUAAACGAUAAAGGCGGUCCGCACCCUUUUAACGAUAGAUGGACGUCAUUCCUCAAAGCUCGUUUGAAUUGCUCAAUUCCUGGAGAGUAUCCAUUUUAUUUUGAUGAAAUUCAGGCAACGACUGAAAUAAUUAACGGUAUUUACGGUAGUGGUAGCAGCAGGAACGACAUUGUUUACGCAGUUUUCACAACGCCUCAAAAUGCAAUCGGCGGAUCCGCUGUAUGUGCUUUUGCCAUGAGAGAUAUAUUAGACGCCUUUGAUGGACCAUUUAAAGGUCAAAAAAAUAUGAAUUCAAACUGGUUGGCACUAUCUAAAGAGAAAGUUCCUCAACCUCAACCAGGAUCAUGCGUUGAAGACAGUCGGACGUUGUCAGACUCAGCUAUCAAUUUCAUAAAGUCACAUCCACUUAUGGAUAAAGCUAUUCCGUCGUUUUUGGCAAGACCAAUUCUCCUCAGGGUCAGCCUACAGUAUAGAUUUUCAGCUAUUGCAAUUCACCCGCAAGUACAGUCCAUGAACGGUAACAAAUAUGACGUUAUGUAUGUUGGUACGGAUGACGGAAGAGUUAUAAAGGCUGUAAAUGUAGCUUCAAAUGAAGGCGUGUUUGAUGCAAGUAUGGAUGAGUACAGCAAAAAUCCUGUAAGAACAGCUGUAAUAUCGGAAGUCCAAGUUCUUCCACCGGGUGUGCCUAUAAAACAAAUGCACGUCGCAUUAACAACCGAGAAAUUAAUUGUUGCAUCCGGUGAUAUGAUAAAAGCCGUUACAUUGUCACAUUGUUCCAACAUUCAAUCGUGCAGAGAAUGCGUAGCUCUACAAGACCCUCAUUGCGCAUGGGAUUCUAAGCAACAACAGUGCUCCUGGGUUGGAAACAGACAAUUUCCAAAUCCAGAAAGAUUUUUACAAAAUAUUGAAAAUGGAAAGACUGAAAUCUGCAACAAACUACCCGCACUGCUACCGGGUGAUCGUCACAGUAACAGAAACCCUGCUACGAAAAAACCAUCUCAGAUUGAAGCGAACAAACCGACAAACGAUUUUCAAAAUGAAAUUUUAAUAGAAGUCGUUGAAACAAAUGUCCUAACUGAAGAUAAAACUUCUACUGACAACAAACACGAAACAGAUCACUUAACAGUGGAAGCAGCCGAUGGAAAUAUUUACAGCGCGCAAGCUCUAUUGACAGCUGUGGUAGCUUCGUGUUUGAUUACCCUCAUGGUGGGCUUUGUUAUUGGAUAUCUAUUUUCUCGGCGAUUUCGACACCCGUUUUUUACCGAUACUUCGCCAUUCAAUGAACAACACAAUCACUUAAACAGGCUCAGUCCGUUAGAGACACCUUUAAACGUUAACUCGGGUUACAUGCCACCGAGAUCAAAGAACGUCAACAUGGUAGCGAACGUAUGCCCGAUGGCGAAGCAAGAUAAUCUACAUUUAGAAUUGGGCAAGGAACGAACGCUCGACCUACGAAACUCUACCGAGUCUCUAGACAAAGACUUGAAAUGUGGAACCUUACAGAAAGUGAAAAAGACUUAUAUUUGAAAUCUAACCCAACAAACUGUAUACGGUAGCAUUACUAAGUGACAUUGAUAGGUGUGCGUCGCGAGUGCCAAGUCUGUCGGUGAGGACAGUGUGUUCGGUAUUUUUGAGUGAGAACUUUUGAUUUUUGUAAAUAUUGUGUUGCGUUUGUGUACAGUUUACAUUUAUCAAAUAAGACUUCUAAUUUUUACCGCACAUUGCAUUUAAACGUUAUGCUCUUGUUAUGAUAUGAAUUGACAUCGUUAACUUUUUGAAAUUAUGACCUAAACAUCGUUUGUAAAUGAAGAACAUAUGAUGUAUUGUUGAAAUAAAAUGUAGUUUUAUAUUACGGAGAUUAUCAUGAUUAGUAACGUGCUAAGUAGAAAUUGCCUCAAUGUUUUUUUUUUGCUAUAAACAUCUAAAAAAAUCUUACUAAAUUUUUCGAUAUUUUACAACAUAUAAUAUAUUAAUCAGUCUAUCUAUAUCUCUAUCGGUUUUCUUGAAAACUUGUUGAUAUAGACUUUUUUUUCUACUUGAGGUAAAUUCUGCUGAUAUAAACAAUAUAUUUAUAAUACUGAACGCAUACAAUCGCUUUUUGUCUUCAUAUAUUUUCUUUGCACAGUUAAUUAUUAUGACCAAAGGAAAACCUACAUAUACAGAUUGUCAGUUCAGUAUUAAAUCUAUAAAUGAUGCAUUCCAUACUUUAGAUGUUUAGAAAUAUUUGCAGAGCAGCUCUUUGUACAUAUAAAUAUGUAUAUAAUGCUAACAUAGCGAUUGGGCUUAAGUACCUCGACAUAGAGAUCGCAAAUUUUCGCAAAAAAAUGAAUUCUAGUUAAUUAUUUAGUUCAAAUUGAAUAUUUGAUCAAUACAAAUAUUGUUGCGAGCAGUUUGAGAAACGGCCAUUAACUGUACUUUGAAAGUCAUUAAAAUGAAUAUAUUAAAUUUGUAAAAAUUAUAUUAUAUGACUAUAUUAAAUUUGCUGUGCUAACUGCAUAGUGCCUUGUAGGUUGCCAAUCUAGUGCCUAAUGUAAUCUAGGAUUCAUCAGGAAGAGAAUAUAUGGUUACUUGUUUUACUGUUAUUCUCUAUUAAAAGCUUGUAAGCUCCCAUCUAACCGUAUUUAUUACACUACAAAAUUAGUUUUAUAUAGUUUUAUAUGGCUUACUCUUCCGACGUAAGUAAUAUUUAUUUACAAUUAACGGUCUAAGUUGUAUACCGAUCCCAAUACUAUGCGUUUCUAUGUCGUUUAUUGUUUUAACUAAACUUAAUGUUUAAAAUUUUCCUAAAAAGUGACUUUGAAUGUUAGGCUGAAAAAUCCACCAGAGAUCUAAAAAUUAAUAAAUAUUCCCACCGUAAAACAAUCAAAGUUGUUAAAUAAGCAGAAAUGGAUUCUGCGUCUUCUUGCUAUGUAAACUUUAGAAAGAGUUCUAUAUCAUAGUUAUAGAUGAGGCGAAAUAAACUCUUUAAAAUUAUAGGAAAUUUUAUUUUUAAAUGUUUUAUAUUUUAUAGAUAAGUAAUGAAACAAACAACAUGUCAAAACUGAUUUUUUGUAAGGAAAUGUUAUUGAAACAUAACAAUUUACACACAUUAUAUUGUACAUACAUUCAGGUUAAAUUCAACGUACCUACUUUAUACAUCGGAGUAUGUAUUAUUUAUAUUCUUUGUAAUAAAUAAAUAUAAAAUAUAGCGUCCGACUUUAUCAAUUUUCCUUGCUAUUUUUGUAGUCAAAUAUAAAUUUGAUAAAAUAA